AUGUUCUCCCGGAGGAGCCACGGGGAUGUGAAGAAGUCCACCCAGAAGGUGCUGGACCCCAAGAAGGACGUGCUGACCCGCCUGAAGCACCUGCGGGCGCUGCUGGACAAUGUGGAUGCCAGCGAUCUUAAGCAGUUUUUUGAGACCAACUAUUCUCAGAUAUAUUUCAUCUUCUAUGAAAAUUUUAUAACACUGGAAAAUAGUUUGAAAUUAAAAGGGAAUAAUAAGUCACAAAGGGAGGAGCUGGACUCCAUCCUCUUUCUUUUUGAAAAAAUAUUGCAGUUUCUACCUGAACGAAUUUUCUUUCGAUGGCAUUACCAGAGUAUAGGCUCAACUUUAAAGAAGCUUCUACACACUGGAAAUUCUAUUAAGAUAAGAUGUGAAGGAAUCCGGCUGUUUCUUCUGUGGCUUCAAGCACUUCAGACGAACUGUGCAGAAGAGCAGGUGCUGAUUUUUGCUAGCCUGGUGCCGGGAUUCCCCGCCAUCAUGUCGUCCAGGGGGCCCUGUACACUGGACAUGCUCAUCAACCCUGGCCCCAGCGUGGCUGAUGCGAAGAUCCAUCCGGAAGAAAUCACUCCACUGCUGCCAGCCGUAUCAGGGGAGAAGAUUGCUGAGGACCAGACGUGCUUUUUUCUUCAAGUACUGUUGAAAUACAUGGUUACUCAGGCUGCAAGCUUGGAGUGGAAGCAUAAGGAGAAUCAGGAGACUGGGUUUAAAUUUCUGUUUACGUUGUUUCGAAAGUAUUACCUUCCUCAUCUGUUUCCCUCAUUUACCAAGUUAACCAACAUCUACAAGCCUGUGCUGGACAUCCCCCACCCGAGACCAAAGCCUGUGUAUGUCACUACCGCUCGAGACAAUGAAAGCAUUUACAGCACAAAGAUCCCAUACAUGGCAGCUCGUGUUGUCUUCAUCAAGUGGAUGGUGACUUUCUUUUUGGAAAAAAAGUAUCUAACUGCAACACAGAACACUAAGAAUGGAGUUGAUGUAUUGCCUAAAAUCAUUCAGACCGUCGGGGGAGGCACUGCAGUGCCGGAGCGGGCGCCGGAGCCAGACGCUGGCGGCGUGGCGGAGCAGGACCGAGGCCACGCGGAUGGGAGCACCCUGUCCGAGCGCCGGCUCAGCAGUUGCAGCCUGUGCGGCAUUGAGGAGGAGCACCGCGCGGUGUAUGACAUGGUCCAGCGCAUCCUGCUGUCCACCCGCGGCUAUGUCAACUUCGUGAACGAGGUGUUCCGCCAGGCAUUUUUGUUGCCUUCGUGUGACAUAGCCGUAACCAGAAAAGUAGUUCAAGUGUACAGAAAGUGGAUCCUGCAGGACAAACCUGUCUUCAUGGAGGAACCAGACGUAAAAGAAGCUGCCCAAGAAGAUGCUGAAAAAUUAGGAUUUUCAGAGGCUGAUAACAAGCAGACCUCUUCUGAAGGUUCUGGCCACAAGCGAUCUUCCAGUUGGGGACGGUCUUACUCCUUCACCAGUGCCAUGAGCAGAGGGUGUGUGACGGAAGAGGAGAAUAAGAACGUGAAGGCCGGGGCCCAGGCAACGCUGCAGGUAUUUCUGACAAAUGCUGCAAACGUCUUUUUGCUGGAGCCAUGUGUGGAGGUUCCCAUGCUCUUGAAGGAGCAAGUUGAUGCCUGCAAAGCUGUUCUGAUUAUUUUUAGGCGCAUGAUAAUGGAGCUGACAAUGAAUAAAAAGACCUGGGAACAGAUGUUGCAAAUACUGCUCAGGAUAACAGAAGCUGUCCUGCAGAAGCCAAAGGAUAAACAAAUCAAGGACUUGUUUGCCCAGAGCUUGGCAGGGUUACUGUUUAGGACACUCAUAGUGGCCUGGAUCCGAGCAAACCUCUGUGUGUACAUCUCUCGGGAGCUCUGGGACGACUUUCUCGGGGUGCUGUCUUCCCUCACGGACUGGGAGGAGCUGAUCCACGAGUGGGCCAGCAUCAUGGACUCCUUGACAGCUGUGCUUGCCAGGACUGUGUACGGAGUUGAGAUGACCAGUCUACCUCUGGACAAGUUAAGUGAACAGAAGGAAAAGAAACAGCGAGGCAAAGGCUGUGUUCCGGAUUCUCAGAAAGGAAGCACUGUGGGGAGGUCCUUUUCUCUGAGCUGGCGGAGCCACCCUGACAUGGCCGAACCCAUGCGAUUCAGGAGUGCCACCACGUCCGGGGCGCCAGGGGUCGAGAAAGCCAGAAACAUUGUCCGCCAGAAGGCAUCCGCUAAGCGAAGCCAGUCUAUCAGCAACUGUGCCCACCUCUCUGAGGCUUUGCCCGCCACUAAAAGCGUCCCACUCCUCCUCCACACCGUGAGCGCGCUCUUCCCCGGUUUCUCUUACUCUUCUUGCUCCCACAGGCUGUCAGAAGUGGAAGAAUACCUGCAGCCAGAAAAUGCAUCUGCCACCGAAUCUGGGCCCCUGGGGCAGCAGCUGAUGGUUCGGAGCGGCAGCAGCCCUGAGGUCACCGAGCCGCUGUGUCCCGAGGCCCCCCCAGGCCUAAAGCUAGAAAAUGCAGAGAAUGUGAGUUCUUCAGAGCCCAGGCCUGCUCAGGAGAGCAAAGGACAUGAGAAGAAAGAGCAUGAAGGAAUAACAAUCUUAGUUCGAAGAAGCAGCAGCCCCAUUGAACUGGAUUUGAAAGAUGACUCACAGCAGAUGCAAGGAAAAUGUCGGGAGAGACAGAAGAGUGACAGUGUGAGCAGUGACCCCACUCUGGGCUGCAGCACCGAGGCAGAGCUGUCCCUGAGUCCCUGGCAGACCUGCGAGGAAGACCCAGAUCUGAGCCCGCCUGCGGAUUCUGUGACCAGCGCUGACGCCCACCACUGGUUACAGCUCCGGCCCACGGAUGCUUCGAACCUAACAGACAGCAGCGAAUGCCUUGCUGAUGACUGCAGUAUAAUUGCUGGGGGGACCCUCACCGGUUGGCACCCAGACUCAGCCGCUGUGUUGUGGCGAAGAAUCUUGGGGAUCCUUGGAGAUGUGAAUAAUAUCCAGUCACCCAAAAUCCAUGCCAGGGUGUUUAGCUAUCUCUAUGAACUCUGGUACAAGCUAGCAAAGAUACGGGAUAACCUGGCAAUAAGCCUGGAUAACCAGUCUUCUCCAUCUCCUCCUGCCUUGAUCCCACCGCUCAGAAUGUUUGCAUCAUGGCUAUUUAAGGCAAGUGAAUAUGCGACGACGCUGCCUGACGAUUAUAAGGAAGGCAAACUCCAAGCCUAUAAGCUGAUCUGCUCCAUGAUGACCCGGCGCCAGGACGUCCUGCCCAACUCAGACUUCCUGGUGCAUUUUUACCUCGUCAUGCACCUGGGACUGACCAGCGAGGACCAGGAUAUCCUAAACACCAUCAUAAGGCACUGCCCGCCCCGCUUCUUCUCCUUGGGUUUGCCUGGCUUCUCCAUGCUGGUGGGGGACUUCAUCACGGCCGCUGGCAGGGUCCUCAGUGCAGACACGCUGGCGGCACCUCGUUUGGAAGCCCUCACCAUUCUUGGGUCUCUGGUCUGCUUUCCGAACACCUACCGCGAGAUUCCCCUUCGGCAGCCAGUGCCUGAAGUUGCUGAAGUCGCCACGGGAGCAGAAGAUGUCAAGCACUACCUCAUAAGUAUUUUACUGAAGAAUGCCACGGAGGAACCAAGUGAGUGUGCAAGGUGCAUUGCCAUCUGCUCCCUCGGGAUCUGGAUCUGUGAGGAACUGGCCCAGGGCACGAGCCACCCUCAGCUGCAAGAGGCCGUCAACGUCAUUGGUGUCACUUUGAAGUUUCCUAACAAAAUCGUGGCCCAGGUAGCCUGUGACGUGCUUCAGCUUCUAGUCUCCUACUGGGAAAAGCUUCAGAUGUUUGAAACCUCCCUGCCUCGGAAGAUUGCAGAAAUCCUUGUGGCCACAAUCACUUUUCUGUUACCAAGUGCAGAGUACUCCUCGGUGGAGACAGACAAGAAGUUCCUCGUGUCCCUGUUGCUCUGCCUUCUGGACUGGUGCAUGGCGCUGCCGGCGGGCACCCUCCUCCACCCCGUGUCCACAGCGGCCCUGGAUGAGCAGCCCCCGGCCCGGGCCCCCUUGCUGGAUUACAUCUACAGGGUUCUACACUGCUGCGUCUGUGGCUCAAGCACGUACAACCAGCAGAGCCGCUACACCUUGACCCUGGCGGACCUGUCGUCCCCGGAUUACGACCCCUUCUUGCCGCUGGCGAACGUGAAGAAUUCUGAGCCGGUCCAAUUUCAUUCAUCAGCAGAACUGGGCAACCUGCUUACUGUUGAAGAGGAGAGGAGGAGAAGGAGCCUGGGGCUGAUCCCGCUGACCGCGCGCAUGGUGAUGGCGCAUCUGGUCAACCACCUGGGCCACUUCCCGCUCUGCGGGGGCCCCGCUGUGCUGCAUAGCCUGGUGGGCGAGCACCACGACAACGCGCACGCCGACGCCGCCGAGCUCUCCCCAGACGUGUUCAGGAGCCCCAGCCUGCAGCUGUUUGUGUUCAACGACAGCACCCUCAUCUCCUACCUGCAGACGCCUGCGACGGGUCCUGCCAGCGGGUUGCCGGCGGGCGCCCCCUCGGACGUGAGAGUGAUCGUGAGGGACAUCUCAGGGAAGUACUCGUGGGACGGGAAGGUGCUCUACGGACCCCUGGAAGGCCGCUUAGUCCCCAAGGGCAGAAGCCCCUCAUUCCUCAUCUCGGGCUGGCAUCCCCCAACCCCUGGACCUCAGAGGGCUCCUUCUCAGACUGAUGAGGGAGAGGAUGUCCUCGACAAAUUACUUGAAAACCUUGGCCACACGAGUCCUGAAUGCCUUUUGCCAUCCCAGCUCCGUCUGAAUGAGCCUUCCCCACCCCCUUGUGGCAUGAACUGGGACCAGGAGAAGGAGAUCACCAAGGUCUUGCUGCGCCAGAGCACACAGGAAGACGAAUACGUCCAGAGGUGCGACUCGGACGUGGCCAUGAGGGUCGCCAGCCAGGAGCCGCCAUCCCCGGUGGAGCCCCGGGGAGCCUUCUACUUCUGUAGGCUGCUGUUGGAUGACUUGGGAAUGAAUUCUUGGGAUAGAAGGAAGAACUUCCAUCUGUUGAAGAAAAAUUCAAAAUUAUUGAGAGAGCUAAAAAAUCUGGACUCCCGACAGUGCCGCGAAACACACAAAAUCGCAGUGUUUUACAUUGCCGAAGGUCAAGAAGACAAGUGUUCAAUCCUUUCCAAUGAAAGGGGAAGCCAAGCAUAUGAAGACUUUGUUGCUGGACUUGGAUGGGAGGUGGACCUGUCAACCCACUGCGGGUUCAUGGGCGGGCUUCAGCGCAAUGGCAGCACGGGCCAGACCGCCCCCUACUACGCUACCUCGACCGUGGAAGUCAUCUUCCACGUCUCAACUCGGAUGCCGUCAGACUCAGACGACUCGCUCACCAAAAAGCUCCGUCACUUGGGGAAUGACGAAGUCCACAUCGUCUGGUCCGAGCACUCCAGGGACUACCGCAGCGGGAUCAUCCCCACCGCCUUCGGAGACGUUUCAAUCAUCAUCUACCCCAUGAAGAAUCACAUGUUCUUUAUCGCGAUAACCAAGAAACCUGAGGUUCCGUUUUUUGGGCCUCUGUUUGAUGGAGCGAUCGUGAGUGGGAAGCUACUGCCAAGCCUUAUCUGUGCCACCUGCAUCAACGCCAGCCGGGCCGUCAAGUGCCUCAUCCCCCUCUACCAGAGUUUCUACGAGGAGAGAGCUCUCUAUCUUGAAGCAAUAAUUCAGAACCACCGUGAAGUCAUGACAUUUGAGGAUUUCACAGCCCAGGUCUUCUGUCCAUCUCCCAGCUACUCGAUCAGCGGAACUGAUUAA